AAUAUAAUUCCAAUAUUAGAAAAUGAACUGGUCUUUGACAGAUUAUACGUAUUCAUGCAUGAUGCAUGUCAAAUCCUCCAUUAAUGAAUCACACCCAAGGAACUUAAUUCAACUGAGCAAAAAUUUACCGGGUAAACAUCAGUUGAUCGAGUCCAAUCAGCAAGAACCUAGGCAUGUAACUAUUCCAAUCACAGUGUUUUACGCAUUACUUUUACUCUUUGGCAUAUUUGCAAAUAGUUUGAGCAUUCUCAUGCUCUUGAAAAAUGGACGUAUGAAGAGCAGCGCCAUUCGGUUUUAUCUCCUCAGCCUGGCAAUGGCAGAUCUAGCACUCUUGUUGACUAUACCAGUGACUGUCUAUAGAUAUUACUGGCAGUAUUAUCCCUGGCUGCUGGGUAAUCCGCUCUGUAAACUCUACUUCAUGGUCAGGCACAUCUAUUGUGCCACAACUAGUUGGACUAUAAUUGUCUUUACUGCUGAACGAUAUAUGGCCAUAUGCCAUCCAAUGUGGUCAAUCACUGGUUUACGACAAUCUCGAACGGCCCAUUUGUUGGCACUGAUCUGGGUCUUGUCAGCUAUCUCGUCAGUGCCAUUUGCUGUUGUUUAUGGGCAAUCAACGGCCUGCAUCCUGGACAACACUGCAACUUCACAGGAUAAGACUGUCUUCUUAUCUACUGUAUGUGAGAUGAUUGAGAAAGAGCCAUUCACUAUCUACAAGAUUGCGAUUCAAGUGAGAAGCAUUUUAUGUUUCUUGGUUCCACUCACUGUGAUCAUCAUUUUUUACUUACUAAUAUUUCGCCAUUUAAGUGUGAAUCGACGACUACGUGAGAAUUUGGGAUUGACACAUCUAUGGAGAAGUCAAGAUAUAAAUUCUUCUAGAAAAUUACCUGGAACAGAAAGAAAGGCGCUUCAACUGAUGGGAGCAGUUGUCGUUGCCUUCUUCGUUUGUAACUUCCCUGAUACAGCUGCCACGUUGAUGCAAAUUUACAUAAAGAAUCGGUCUACAAGUGUUUUUACUAUGUACACCUGGUUGAAGUCCUACUUGUCAGUGCCACUGUGGUAUGUGAACAGUGCUCUAGACCCCAUUCUCUUCUGUAUUUCCUCUUCCUCCUUUCGCUGUGCUUGCAAGGAUAGCCUUGGGCCCAUCCGCCCUUGCAAUGACAGUUCAUUGAAAGCCCAUAAGAGACAUGUUUCUUGCAUCAAUCUCACACAAAGCCGGAACAGGAAUCAGCUGUCAAUACCUUCAGACACACAUAAAUCCAUUUGGAAUCUGAGUGCCUACACUGGUGAACUGCCAGAUUCAGUUGAUGGAAAGCAGAGAAGAGGACUUCAGCUGCUUUCUUUGAGGGAACUCUUACAGCAGAAUGAUCAGCAAAUCUCUCAUUCUGGGAUUUUGCAGACCAGCAGAUCUCUUUCUCUCAGUGGCAUCACUACCCAGCAGCUCCAUGUUUAUCAGGGUCUGUCUGACCAGCACGUUUCCUCCCACAUACCAGCAGCUGACCCUCCCAUUAGUCUGUUUCCUUGAUAUUGGUUAUAUUACCAUAUGAAGUGUCUUUCAUUGCAGUGCAGAGGCUAAACCUUUUACUGUGACAGUUUUCUCAGAUCAGCAGGUUCCUUUCCUUUCCCUCUUGUUUAUUGACAUUAGACCUAACAAUGAGGUCUGUGCCUGACCCAUAUUGCUCCAAACCCUUCCUGUAAUAGGGCAACCUGAACUGCACAGUACCUCAUACAUGGCCUUAAAAACAUCGUGUACAGUUGUAACAUAAUGUUCAACUCCUGUACUUAAUACCCAGACUAAUGAUGGCAAGUGUGGCAUACGGCUUCUUCAGCAACUUACCUGCCUCUGUUGUCACUUUCAUGAAACUAACUGGAUCCCUGGGUCUCUCUGUUUCCCAAUACUGACCAGGGUAUUGCCAUUUACCAAUAUUUUAAGAGAUGUGGAGGCACUGGAAGAAAUCAUUAUAAUUACAAGGUGGAAUCAGAAAUGCAAGAUUGCAAUUAGCAGGAAAAAAAAGUUAAUCAAGAUAUUAAGACCACACUGUAUGGAUAAAUUAAACCAGAAGUGCCUGCCUCACUGCUAAAUUUUGGGAAUUACUUCCAUGAAUUAUUCCUGUACACAACUCCAGUUACAGUGAUGGUCGAAAUGAACUGUCUGCGUAGUGAUUCUUGAAAUUCUGUGAUUAGCUUGUCAUGUGAGCCUGUCUCUUCCUUCCCUUACUCCGUUUUUAUCAAGUGAUCUUCCUCGCUCAACAUCCAGUAGCCACAUCACCUUCCCUCUGCACUUGCCCUAUGGACAUUAUUUUCUCCCUGAACCUGGUCACAGAAAACUGCUUUUCUUAUAGUUCAUUGCU